GGUGCAGCCGGAAGUGGAAGUGGCCGAAGUCCACCGCCGGUGAAACUUAAGACAACAGCUGCCGGUUCUGUGCGAGCGGGCUGAGCCCCGGGACCCCGAGCCGAGUGAGCGUGGGACGGGAGCGGCCUGCGACUGUGAGAUGGGGACUGAGAACAAGGAAGUAAUUCCCAAGGAAGAAAUUUCUGAAGAAGCUGAGCCACAUGGCGCAAUAUUAGAAAAAGUUGCAAAGAUGCUCUACCAAGGUCAAAAGUUGGGAGCAGUAUGUGAAGACAUGUUGGAGAGGUGCUCAGGAGAGGCCACAGAAGAGAUUAUGGAGCAGAUGUCUGCUCAGGAGAGGGACUUUGCAUCAGGACUGAUUGUCUUUAAGAAAUCACCCUCAAGUGAGAAAGACCAGGGGAAUAAUGAGAGCGAGAGCAUCCGCAGUCCCAGUCCAAACCUCCAGGAGGGAGGUUCUACAGCAGAGGCAGUUCAUGCAUUUGCUACCUCUGCCCAAAACUUCAUAGGAAAUUUAGAAUCUAACAAAACACAGAGAAGUUCUGUAGGAGAAAAGCCUCAUACAUGUAAAGAAUGUGGGAAAGCUUUUAAUCAGAACUCACAUCUUAUCCAGCAUAUGAGAGUUCAUAGUGGAGAGAAACCCUUUGAAUGCAAAGAAUGUGGAAAAACAUUUGGAACUAACUCAAGCCUUCGAAGGCACCUGAGAAUUCAUGCUGGAGAGAAACCCUUUGCCUGUAAUGAAUGUGGAAAGGCCUUCAUUCAGAGUUCACAUCUUAUCCACCAUCAUAGAAUUCAUACUGGAGAGAGACCUUAUAAAUGUGAAGAAUGUGGUAAAGCCUUCAGUCAGAAUUCAGCCCUUAUUUUACAUCAGAGAAUCCACACUGGAGAGAAACCAUAUGAAUGUAAUGAAUGUGGGAAGACCUUCAGGGUCAGCUCACAGCUCAUUCAGCAUCAGAGAAUUCAUACUGAAGAAAGAUACCAUGAAUGCAGCGAGUGUGGCAAAGCCUUCAAGCAUAGCUCAGGCCUUAUCAGACACCAGAAAAUUCACACUGGGGAAAAACCGUAUCUGUGUAACGAAUGUGGGAAAGGUUUUGGUCAGAGUUCUGAGCUUAUCCGGCAUCAAAGAAUUCAUACAGGGGACAAACCGUAUGAAUGUAAUGAAUGUGGGAAAACUUUUGGUCAAAACUCAGAGAUUAUUAGACAUAUUAGAAUCCAUACUGGUGAGAAGCCCUAUGUAUGUAAGGAAUGUGGGAAGGCCUUUAGGGGGAACUCUGAACUUCUUAGACAUGAGAGAAUUCACACUGGGGAGAAACCCUAUGAAUGCUUUGAGUGUGGAAAGGCUUUUAGGCGGACCUCUCACCUUAUUGUCCACCAGAGAAUUCAUACUGGAGAGAAACCUCACCAGUGUAAUGAAUGUGCAAGAACCUUUUGGGAUCACUCUGAGCUGCUGCUUCACCAGAAAAUUCACAUUGGAGAGAAACCUUAUGAAUGUAAUGAGUGUGAGAAAACAUUCAGCCAGCAUUCCCAGCUUAUCAUACAUCAGAGAAUUCACACUGGAGAGAAACCUUAUGAGUGCCAAGAAUGCCAGAAGACCUUUAGUCGGAGCUCUCACCUUCUCCGACAUCAAAGUGUUCACUGUAUGGAAUGACGUACAGAAUAGGAAAGCUUUCUGUGGAGAACUUGAAGUCAGACUCACUAAUUUCAUAAUGUGCACCCCAACUUUGCAGAUCAAAUCAAUGGAGAGACCUUCUCUGUCCUUCCAUUGAUUUUUAUUUAAACGGUUCAAAAGGAUGAGGCACUUUUAUCAACUAUUCAUUGAGAAGUUUCAAUAUACUAAGUUAAAUCAUAAAAGCUGUUUCAGGCCUUAA